ACCAAGUAAAGCGCGCUUGCGAGGAAGCAUGAGCGGUAUCUUCCCGGGCAACAGCAGCCUUAUCCAGCAACUAGACAAGCAAGUGUUGAUGGUUUUGCGGGACGGCCGACAUCUCGUCGGAUACCUGCGGAGUUUUGACCAAUACUCGAAUAUCAUUCUAGAAGACACAUAUGAGCGCCACGUGGCUGGAGGACUGUUCUGCGAUAUUGAACUGGGUCUUAACAUUAUCCGUGGCGACAACAUCGUUCUUCUCGGCGAACUGGACAGCGACAAGGAGCGCGACCAGCCACACAUGAAGCGCGUGGAGCUGGAGGAGGUGCUAGAGGCCGAGGAGCGGCUGAACGAGGAAGGCAACACAAGUGUGCGUCAGCAGUGGGACUUCGAGCAGCAGCACUAAGCGCGCCAACAUGCAAGUAUACGGUCUACUCCUUGUGUAGUAAUUCUAUCGAUCUUCGUCUGGCAUUUACUACGUACUUCGAAGUAGUACUUAAGUAUCAAUUGACGCUUUUAGAUGGCUA